UAAGGCAAGUCUAUUUAUUAUUAAAGAGAGUUCACACUCAUUUUGUAGUACUAAAACAAAUAAUUAUCAAAGUCUCUCUAGAAUAAUGGAAAGUGAUGGUGGUGAUUGCAACAGUACAAGCACACUCUCAUUCUCCUCUUCAACAACAACAACAACAACAACAUCAAGUUCAAAUUCAGAUACAUGUAGAAAACAAUACAGUAAAGAGUCUCCAAAGGGAUCAAAAAAGAUGAUAAAAGAGAGGAAGAAAAGGCAGAGAAGUGAAAGUGAUGAAAAUAUGAAACAUCCAACAUAUAGAGGAGUAAGGAUGAGGAAUUGGGGAAAAUGGGUGUGUGAGAUUAGAGAGCCAAGAAAAAAAUCAAGAAUAUGGCUUGGAACAUACCCUACAGCUGAAAUGGCAGCAAGAGCACAUGAUGUUGCUGCUUUAGCUAUAAAGGGUAAUUCAGCAUACCUUAAUUUCCCUCAAUUGGCAAAACAACUUCCAAAGCCAAUAAGCACUUCUCCAAAAGACAUUCAAUUUGCAGCUGCAAAAGCAGCAAACAAUACUUCAUUUGAUUCUCAACAACAUGAUGAUUCUACAUUGUUUGAUUUACCAGAUCUUUUUCCUGAUGGAAACAAUGGACUUUCUUCUUCUUACUCUUCUUGGAAUUUAUGUGCAGUUGAUACUGGAUUAAUUAGGCUUGAUCAGGAACCAUCUUUUUGGGAGAAUUAUAAUUAGGACUUGUUUUUCUUUCAAUUUAAAUAAAAGUAAGAUUCAAAGUUUGUCUUUUUAUUUACAGUAAAACUUCAUUCUGCAGAAUGUAUGUAAACAGAGAAUUAAUUUACAUUUUUGUUUCUUGUCUCUAGCUA